GGACUUUUGUAGCCGAACAUCCGUCUUCCGGUCAGGGGCAACAUGGUUGUGGAGGUGUAGCUGCGUCCAUCUGCUGCAUAUUCGAUUCUAUAGAAAAAUCUUUGUGUCAAUUUGACAGCUAUAUUUAUAUCAUAUAAUAUAUUUAUCAAGCAAUCCAGCGGGCAAAAUGAAUAUACGCAACGCACGGCCAGAGGAUCUGAUGAACAUGCAGCACUGCAACCUGCUGUGUCUUCCAGAGAACUAUCAGAUGAAGUACUACUUCUACCACGGCCUGUCCUGGCCACAGCUGUCCUACAUAGCAGAGGAUGAGAAUGGGAAGAUAGUGGGAUAUGUGUUGGCUAAAAUAGACAUUAAGUGCAUUGUGUUCUUUUCUGUAUGUAGUGAAAAACCGCAUUGUAUCAUAGUCGUACCAAAUGUUUUCAUGGUGCUGUGUUGCAGAAUUAGUGAAGUGGAGCCCAAAUAUUAUGCUGAUGGAGAAGAUGCUUAUGCCAUGAAGAGGAAUCUCACAGAGAUGGCAGAUGAGUUGCAGAAACCAGGUGUUCGUCUGUGGGGCUCAGAGGCACCGCCGUCUCAGGACACAUCUGUGACAGGCCUGGUGGAGAAGCUUACGGUGCAGGAUGGAGAGAAGGAGGGAGAUGGAGACAGUGGAGGAGAGAGUAAAGAAAUGAGUGAGGUCAGCGAGGCCACGGAGAGCACAGACGUCAAAGACUCCUCGUCAGACUCUUAGCUCACAUCUCUGUGUGUUCACACCCAUCAUAUAGGUUUCAAAUCAGUUUAGUGUUUAUAUGCUCUGAUGGUUUUAUUUUCAGAAUACAGGAAAGUGUCUUGUAAAAGCAGUUCACAACUAUGAAAUUAUUUGUGAGGAGAUUUGUUAAUAAAAUUGGAGAGUAAAUAUAAUUUGUAGUGGUGUUAUC